GUGAUGACCAUGUAAACAGUGCUACAGUGUGUCGGUGCCUGUGUGGUUCUGUGACCGUAUUUGAACAUUUAUGUGCGUUUUAGGAUAGUUCUUAACACUAAGGGUAUAUAUUAGGUCAGUUAUAAAGGAGUUGUGAAUAUUAUGGCGUCUGUAUCACCCUCUGACCACCUCAAUACUGCCCGGAAGAGGUUAGAAGAAGCUCUCGGCCCUGACAAGAAGAUGAAAUAUUUCUACCACAUGAAACAGUGGUUCAGAAUGAGGAUAACAAAAGAAGAAUUUGACACAAAUGCUCGGGACCUGUUAGCUCUCAACUCAGUACACCUACACAAUGAGUUCCUGCUGGCCAUCCUCACUAAGUGUCAGCUGUUCACCUCUUCCACCUCGGCCUCUCGCUCCGAAACUCACCACCGUCACGAUGAUCAACGUAUAGAGCCUGGAGGAGGAGUGGGAGCAACUGGGACUAGAGAUCACGCCGCUUCUGUUAACCUGUACUCAACGACAUCUGCCGAUCGCAAGAAACUCAAGCCGAAGAAGAAGAUUAAAUCUAAUCGACCUUCACAUGAUAACAAUUUUGAGGCAGUGAGUGUUCAAGAUAUCGCUGCCACAGCCACAUUACACGAGCCACAAGCCAUCACAGAUGCAGGUGCUGGUUACAUGUCUCGUUCCAUGUGUUUGCUGGACACUGGACCCCUCAAAGGUCGCUUGCUCCUGGCAGCCUGGGACCACGGCAUUACCCAAGUGGCAGAUAAUGUAGCUAGCAUGCUCCAAGAGGCAACUCAGCAGUGUUUAAAGAACAUACUGAUGGCCGUAAUAAGCAGGCGACGUGGAUACCGUAUAAGAGAAGGGCGCUUCAUGCACUCACUGGGCACCACUCCUCCCAACCCUUGGUUGAGAAACACUGCUGGUCUUAGUGACUGGGCAUCAGAGAGUUUGGGGCUGCCCACGGGUGAAGGCGGAGAGGCCGGGGACCGUCCCAUCUGGCCCACCGUAGAUUCGGCUGAGCAGAACGCAGCUCACCUAGCUGCAUGUGCUCCUCAGAUAGACACUCCUCUUCCACCAAUCACUAAUAUGGAUCUCUUUGAGGCACUCCAGAAACAAAAAAGUGUUCUCCCUUGUCACUCAGUGUAUGCACUGGGCAUGGAGAGAAUAUCUUGUCGGUUGUGGCAUCCUGGAUGGGGAGAAGUGGAACAGGAGGCCAUAGCUGCCCAGGAGUCCUCACUGAGAGACACCCUGAAGGAGACUAGACUUGCUGCAAAUCCAGUUACCUGAUUUAUUUUUAAAGCCCAAACGAACCUGAAACAGAAGAACAUUAGGACAUUAGAGUAUAUAUAUAUUCUAUCGAAUAAUUUAAGUAUUAUGGGAAUGACAAGGAUUUAAGAGAAUUGAUUAUUGAACAGUACAUUUCUGACAUCCUCAUGACUACUGGUCCUAGAGAAGUCCUGCAAGACAAGCUAAAAAAAAGUUAAUCUGACACUUUCACAAUGUGGCUUUAAACACCAAAGAAAAUUACUAAGAAAUAUACUUCAGAAAUGAAUGAACGUGAGACUUUCAGAGCCAUAACACAAAGACUUUCUACUCACUCUUAAGUGUACACUCGCCCCAAAAAGUAUCGUUACGAAUUUGAUAACACUAUGUGACAACAGGAGUUAGUGUUUAUUUUUAAAUUCAUCAGACACACACCCACACACCCCCCCACCCCCAUAAAGAUACUUUAUGAAGUGUGUAUACAGUACAGUAUAGUAUGUAUAUCAUUAUUUGUUAACAUUUUAGGCAAUAAAAAGUAUUACUGUAUCUGUAUAUAGAUAUCAGUUUCACUUAACCUUUAUAAUAAAUAAAGUUUGUGAGGCUGGACAUUUAGAUAAAGGCUUUCUAAUUACAUUAUAUACAGUAACAGGGCAAUUAUUAUUUCAGAGUACUGUACAGUAUGUACAGAUUUACUCUACUAUAGCCAUAAAAUAUAAAUGACCUUAAUUGUCGAACUGUUGUGCGUAGUGAGAAUUUUGACUCCGCUCAUUACUGUCUUAUGGCCCUGUUCCACCCUUACAUGGGCGAAACCACAGCUACUUGUACGGUUCUACUCUCAGGCUGUUUCUCACCUCUCUCCACAUUCAAACUUCUGUAUCUCCCAGGGCAGAUCAGUCCUAAAGUCCCACAUUAGUGCCUCUAGCACUGACUGAACCUAACAUAAUUUAGGUAUACAGUAAUUUGGUUAUACAAUAGUAUUGGUAAACACACAAUUGUAUGAAAGAGAAGAUUUACUGUAUAUAAAGUAAUUUCCACCAAAAAUGAACAAAAACAAAAAAAUUAAUCCUAUUUAACACAAAUGUCAAUUGUGUUUUAAGGCAUAAUCAGACUAUUUAUCCCCAUUUGGCAUGACUCACACACAUACACAAACAUAUUCUGUCUAUAUGAAAAGGCAGUGGAUACGUUGUUUCUCAAGAUUGGCUUUUUGAUGAUUACAAAUCUAAAAACAUUUCUGCCCGUCUCCUGUGCAUACUUUGGAUAUUAAUGACCUUCAACCUUAAAAGCUACUGCAAAUAGCAUCACCAACCUUUCACUACAACCUGAAAAAUCCAUUAAAUAUUACUGUACUGCAGGUAAGGAUCAUCACUACCAACAGCAUAAAAAUUUAGCCCUAGAGUUCAAAUUCAAGACUGCCUCAAAAGGGCUUCAUAAAAUUAUAGUAAUAAAUCACAUAUAACAACAGACCAUUUAAGUACAGAAACUUUAAAUCAUAACAGGUACAGUACAGAUCACUUUCAAAACUAAGAACCUUUUCAGUUUCUACAGAAUGAUAAAAAUAAUAAACAAUCUGAUUCAUGUACUGUAACUCAAAUUCCUAAGACACCCAAUAUGUGACUUGUUCUUACAUAGUCUUCCAAGUGUAAAAUGCUUAUAGUGUAGUUGCUCAAAAAACUAUCAACAAAAUUGUGCUGAGAAAAUAUGACGCAAAGGACGAAGGAUUUUGACAACCCUACCAAGACAACAGGAGUCGCAGUGUUCAUUCUGAAAUUCAUCAACUCCCCACGUAAAGAUAGUUUUUUGAGUGACAUGAACAAUAAAUGGAAAAUAAUUUGUAUUCACACAUGUCCACAAUGCAACUUAAGAGAUUAUUUGUUAUCAGUAACUGAACUGAACCACAGCCAAUGAAUACUGUACUGUUAUGCUUAACCUCUUAACACCCAGAGAUUCUUAACACAAAAACUGGAGAUUCUAUAAUUCAGUAUGUAUUUUAACUUCCACAAUAAAAUAUUGAGGGCGGUGAAUGUCUAACUAUUUAUAUUGUCACAGGCUGUUAAAUGUAUCUUUUUUAUCUAAUAUCAAAGAAUUAUUACAUAAAUACACACACAAAAAAAAGCAAA